AUGAGUUCAAUAACGAUGCGGCGUUGCGGGAUAAGUAUCAAUUCAGAGUCUCUGGUACUGAUCUAUGAAAGAGGCCUUAAAACGAGAAAAAGAAGAAUUAGACUUUCUGUGCUUCAAAAUUCAUCAGUCAUUGAAACAUAUAAGGCGUUGCGAGCGGACGAGCGUCAUAAACAUUUCAUAGAUCUUAUUCCUAAGACACAGCUUUUAAGAUUACUGACUAUUUUCAAAGAUUUGUGCAACGGGAUGAAUAUUUCAGAUUCUCUAAACAGAAGGAAAGAGGUGGACACUAACAAUGUUGAUCAUAGUGACUUAGAAGGAAAGAAAACUGCUAUGAAUAAUUUUUCCGAACGAAAUGAAAUGCUGUCGACAAAACAAGAUUUUACUUCUGAUGAAGAAAUGGACAUUCCUGAGGAACAAAUUGAAACUUAUUCAUGGGAUUCUGAUGAAUGCAAAUUUUAA